ACAACAAGCACCGGUUAAGUGGUACUUUCUUUUCCUACCAGUCAGUCAAUGAGUAUGGCUCUACGCGACUGGUACGCGAACCGCGAGCUGCUCCUAACGGGAGUGACCAGUGACGUAGGACGAGCGUUGCUCGAGAAGAUCCUUCGUUCGUUCCCCGACGUGAAGGUGUACGUGGUCCUCCGAUCCAGGCACGGAUUCAGCAAGGAUGACAGAAUUAAAAACAUCUUUCUAUCAUCGCGGUUCGAGAGGCUCAGGCAAGAAGAUCCGAACGCGUUGUCUCGUGUGAGGGCGAUGGAAGGUAAUUUAUUAUACAACGGGCUGGGAACAACGAGAGGAGACAAGGGGCUAUUGCAAAACGUGAGCGUGGUGUUACACGCGGCCGGCCCCUACCACGAAGUGUUCCGUUUAUACCAACAAUUACCGCGGCUUCAAGUGAUCGUGGCGGUCGCCAGCGUUUUCAACCACGAAGGACUGGGAAUCGGCGAGUCGUUGGAGAAAGAGCAACCGGCCAACGGACCCGUGGCUUUGGUACAGGUUCCACUGGUCGGGCCAGCGCUUCGCGAGCCUAUGCCUGGCUUUGUCGACGUCCUCAAAGGGCCGACAGCUUUGCUAGCAGGGGCAGGUUUCGUCCUUGGCAACUUGGAGCUCCAAGCGGAAAUCAUUCCGAUCGACCUGACGGUCAACACCCUGAUCGCCGUUGCUUGGGAACGAGCCACCGCAAAAAACGCACAAGAAGGCGUAAUGGUGUACAACGCGGCCCCGAUAAACUGCACGUGGGGCGAGCUAAUUAAAAAAGGUCGGCGGGGCAAUCGGAAAUUUACAUAUCCGACGUUCGGCAUCCGGGGAAUGACGUCUAUGGUAACGGUGUAUUGGACUCUGGUGCUGCUUUUUGAAUGGUUGCCAUCCGCACUCUGCGACACGGUUCUCGGACUGCUAGGAGCGAAGAAAAGUUUACCAAAAAAAGAAGAAAUCAGGUUUCUCGAGGAACAUCGGAGAGUUCGUAAUGCACUUCGAUCCGUUGAGUCAAUUUCAUCGAGGCGGUGGUCAGUGGAGAGGAAUCGCGUGUACCAGCUUCAGCAACGUCUCACCGCGGAAGACCAAGAUACAUUCCCGGUUUCCACGGAAAUCGACGUCGAGAGCUACGUUUUGUGCGCGGCCGCCGCCGCCAAGAAGUAUUGCGUGGACGAGGGCAAUAUCAGGCUGGUAAAAAUCUUCCGGCUGCUUUUCUUCUUUCUUAUCGCGGCGGCCCUCCUCUGCACGUUCUUCUUCAACAGAUAUCACGCGCUCACGAAACACGCUGAAGUUUGAACAGCACAGGCCCGGACUUUACUCGUGACAGAACACCUAAUUUGCAUAGAACCGAGAUGUAGAUAGGUUGGUUCACCCGUUCGGUUACGAGAACAUAUCCGUAAUCAGUUUUUUUAUACUCAUUCUCAGCUCGUCAUUUCAAAUUAAUCGGAAUUAGUUAUCAGAAAUUGGGGACUACUAAUUUUAAAUUUUAACUUUACGGCGACCGGUGCAAGGCAUUUAAAACAUCUUGCGAUAAAAAUGAGGCUUGAAAUAUAUUUAACUUUCUUACUAGCCCAGAAAUCGAUACGGAAUUCUUGCAUAAAUACCUUGAUCCGACACUUCACGUCUUUUUCCCAUAACGGCGUCCUACUUUUACAAACUGAGUCUUUAUAGCAGAAAAUGUUUCUUUGGUAUGGUAACAAUAGCGUAUAUUUUGUGUUAUAUUCUUGCGACGAAUGCUUUAUAAUUCCAGAUAAUACGUGAAAGGUAAAAUCUGCAAAAUACUAGGAGAGUAUAAUUUUCUGGUUGGCGAGCAAAAGAGUACAAGUCAGAAGUUGUUGGAUUUUAGACGUG